AUGGAUGCCAGCGCGGCAGACGCAGGUUCACCCACUCUACCUCGGAGUGCUAUUUUGAAAUGCAAGGCCAAUGCUCUCCUCCAGGAUUUGAAGAGGAUACAAGGAGCCCUUCACCCAAUUUCAAGCGUGGAGGACGCCAUGCUCCACGUGCGUCAUGGCCAGUUAGUCUCAGUGUACGAUGACUUCAAGGCCAUCCACGGGAAUCUUGAAGAAUUAGACAUUUCGGAGAUCGGCAGCGACUUGCGAUGGACCGUGUCGGAGCUCGUCGCGACGAUGCACGCUGAAAUAGAGGACGAAACCUUGCGACGCUCUGCUCAAAUGGCUGGCCACUCAACUCUCACCAACGGGAUCUCCUCUAUGCCAGACCCAGGGCUCAGUCGCAGCUUUCAAGCUCUGCCGCCUAUUCCGCUCCCUACCUUCAGUGGAGGAUACUCCGAGUGGUCUGAGUUCCAAUCUAUCUUCUCAACUAUGGUAGGCGGAAAUCCACAUAUAAGCAAGGUGGAAAAGCUGCAGAGGCUACGAUCCUGUCUUCGCGACUCAGCGUUAGAAGCAGUUCGGUCCUUGGUAACUUCCGAGGAAAAUUAUGACGUUGCAUUGGGUCUUUUGGAAAAGCGAUUUAGUAACCGUCGUUUAAUAUUUCAGGCUCAUGUGAACGAGAUUCUAGGCCUCUGUGUCGUGGAAGGUGGCUCAGUGGCAGGUCUACGAGGAUUCUCAGAUAAGUUCAAUGCCCAUAUGCGGGCCUUGAAGAAUUUGGGAACGACGCAACAAAUUGCCGGCUGCAUCAUCGUCCAGGUGCUUCUUCAAAGAUUGGACCCAGCUACCCAGGCGAAGUGGGAGGAAGGCCAGACUGCCAUCAAUUCAGACCUUAUUCCUACGUGGGACUCGAUGGCGGAAUUCCUGGAGCAACGAUGCAGGACUCUCGAGGCUGUGGAUGUGGCCAUGGCCGCAUACGCGCCAGGCACUCAGUCUUCUAGCGGCCAUCUGCCAGUUGCUUUACCCAUUUCCUCCUCAUCCGAGGGUUCUGAACCUCUAGCCUCAUCGCCAUCCACAGUCAAUGCCUUAAUUGCCCAAGGUCGUAGCGGCGAUAUAGCUUUGCUUGCAACAGCGAACAUACUUGUUAGGAGCCGCGCUGGUAUUUUUGUUCCUUGCCGAGCGCUUCUGGAUUCUGGAUCUCAAGUACACAUGAUUACGUCCCGAUUGGCUAAUCAGCUGCAGUUGCGUAAAUGCAAAUCAUUCAUGUCGGUGUCUGGAAUUGGCGAUACCGGCUAUGCGACGGACGGAUUCUCUGUUGAUGUGCUCCUACGUUCUCACUGUUCAGAAUACUCGUCUCUUAUUAGUGCAGUCGUCGCUGGCAACAUUACGGAUCUCCAGCCUAGUUUCUGCUUAGAUGUCUCCAAUUGGAAUAUACCAUGCAAUCUUAAUCUCGCUGAUCCAGAAUUCUUUCGACCACAGCGUAUCGAUUUGCUCAUCGGAGCCAGCCUCUUUUAUGAAUUGCUGUGUGUUGGACAAGUUCAGCUCUCAGCUGGCCUACCGUUGCUGCAGAAAACCCGACUUGGAUGGGUUGUGUGUGGAGGCGGUUCACCUGUCGAGAGAAGGUCACUCGUAGCCACAGCCUGCAAGGAUGUCACGAAGAGCCCAAGCCUGCCGGAUGAACGUUUAGAUUGUCUGCUCCGCCAGUUCUGGGAAAUAGAGGACUGCUCCGAACCAAUAGUGAAGUGGACAAAGGAAGAGCUGGAUUGCGAAGCGCAUUUUGUGCAACACUCUACUCGGCUCAAGUCAGGCGCUUAUGCUGUGAGGCUGCCGUUGAAAUGCAGUUCUGAUUUGCUGGGAGAAUCGUAUCCCCAAGCCGUGCGUCGAUUUCUCUCUCUAGAAAGGAAGCUCAGUCGUCACCCUCAAUUGAAGAAUCAGUAUGCUGCGUUUAUAAAAGAGUAUUUGGAGUUGGGCCAUAUGUCUGCAGUUCCUGCUAAUGCGAGCCUCACUCCUCAGUACUUCCUACCUCACCACUGUGUUUUGAAAGAGGACAGUUCAACAACCAAGCUCAGGGUUGUUUUUGAUGGAUCUGCUGCUACCACUUCUGGGUAUUCGUUGAAUGACGUGUUGAUGUCCGGCCCAGUUAUACAGCCAAAGUUGCUUCACAUCCUGUUAAGGUUCCGUUACCAUCGGGUGGCCAUUACAGGAGAUAUCUGCAAAAUGUACCGAUGUGUCAGAGUUUUCCCUGAGGACAGCCAUUUGCAGUGUAUCCUUUGGCGGGAUUCCACCCAGGACGAGUUGCAGGUUUUUAAACUUGACACUGUAACUUAUGGAACAAAACCAGCGUCAUUUUUGUCAGUGCGAGCAAUGCAUCAAUUGGCCGAGGAUGAGCAGUCGAUGUUUCCAAAGGGGGCCGAGAUUCUGCGACGCGACUUUUACGUGGACGAUCUAAUUUCUGGAGGUGCUUCUGUGGCUGAAGCUGUCAACAUCAUGCAGCAAACAUCAGGGAUCCUUGCCAAGGGUCAAUUUCGCUUGAGAAAGUGGUGCUCCAACGUAGCUGCGGUGUUGUCUGAUGUGCCGGAAGAGGAUCGGGAGUCGUUUCUGAGAUUUGAUGACGGCAGCAACUUUACGAAAACUCUGGGCCUCGCUUGGGAUCCUGCUACUGAUCGCUUGCUAUUUUCAUUUGAGGGCCUUCAGUCAACCUUAAAUCCAACUAGGCGCAUCGUCCUUUCCUCAAUCGCCCGGUUGUAUGAUCCUUUAGGACUUGUCGGGCCGGUCAUCACAAGGUCAAAGAUCUUUCUUCAGAAGCUGUGCCGUGAGAAGUUGUCUUGGGAUGAGAGUCUUCCUCAGGCUCUUCACUCUGAUUGGGAAAAAAUUUGCUGCAGCUUCGCUAUGGCUCAGAGGGCCGAUUUUCCCAGAUGGUCACUAUCAUCACCGACCGAUUUGGAGAUUCAUGGAUUUUGUGACGCUAGCAUCGAGGCUUAUGGUGCCUGUAUUUAUGUCGUCUCAAGGGGUACAGGAGCGGGAAGUCACCUGCUUUGCUCGAAGUCUCGAGUGGCGCCGCUAAAGACUGUUACGGUGCCGAAACUGGAACUAUCAGGAGCAGAAUUGCUGGCGCGGCUUAUGUCAGAAGUAGCUAAUCUGAAGAUGUACGCUGGGAAGCAUUAUUGUUGGUGCGAUUCUGCAGUGGCGCUGUCCUGGAUUCGAGAGGAGCCUGCCCGGUUUAAUGUUUUCGUUGCCAAUCGAGUUGCGACGAUCCAGGAGUUAACCAGAACGAUGGAGUGGCGCUAUGUUCCCACGUCCUUGAAUCCGGCGGACAUCCUGUCCCGUGGUGCUCUUCCUAAUGAGUUGAUCGUUGAUGAGCUGUGGGCACAUGGUCCUCCGUUUCUUCUUGGUCCUCAAGAUGAGUGGCCAGUUGCGGUCCCAGCUGAGAGGCCGACCCUGGAACUGCGCGCAAAGGUUUUGCUCAUUCAGUCGCCGUAUGUGGACAUAAUAGCUGCCUCCAAGUACGCUAAUUCCUUCUCAUCUCUGCAGCGGGUAUUUGCUUAUGUGCACAAGUUUUGUCAUCGAAUACGCCACAAGGGAAUCACCGCAGGAGAUAUCAAGUCUGGAACUCAACUUUUAUUGCGGUUGGUACAGCGGGUGCAUUUUUGGGAUGAUAUAAGGUCGCUUCAGAAUGGCAAAGAGAUAUCGUCGUCCAGCGUACUUGCCACAUCUUCACCCUUCUUGGAUAAGUUCGGUCUACUGCGUGUAGAUGGUCGCCUGAAGAAUUCGCCGUUGGAUUUUGAUAGUCGUCAUCCAAUUAUACUCCCUAGAAGCCACCCAGUCACUCUUGCUAUAAUUGUUGAUUUCCAUGAGCGAAAUUUACACACGGGACCUCGUGCUCUUUUGGCUAUGAUUCGAUCCCAAUAUUGGCCAAUUGGGGGGAGGAAAACGGUGACGAAGGCGUUGCACAAAUGCAUCCGAUGCUUCCGGUCCAAGCCUCGCCUGCUGGAGCACAUUAUGGCUGAUCUCCCGGAACAAAGAGUCAACGGUUGCCAAGUCUUUGGAGUCACUGGCGUGGAUUUUUGUGGGCCAUUCCAUUACAAGCCAGAAGUUCGUAAUAAGGCUCCGGUAAAAUGCUACGUGAGCGUCUUCAUUUGUUUUGCUACAAAGGCCGUCCACUUGGAGCUCGUAAAGGAUCUAUCCACUACUGCGUUCUUACAGGCACUAAAACGGUUUAUAUGCACCCGCCGAAAGCCACAACACAUUUGGUCGGACAACGCUACAAAUUUUGUUGGAGCCAGAAACGAGCUAAGUGAGCUGCGGCGGCUCUUUAUCAGCGACGAGCAUCAGCGGACACUUCUGGAGUUUUGUGCGAUUGAGUCCAUCGAAUGGCAUUUUAUUCCUCCUCGAUCUCCGCAUUUCGGCGGACUCUGGGAAGCGGCAGUCAAAACUGCCAAGCAUCAUUUUUACCGGGCUGUGGGGUCCUCAAUUCUUGGAUUUGAGGAGCUGCGAACUCUGCUUUGCCACAUUGGUGCUGUCAUAAAUUCACGACCAUUAUUGCCUCUUUCAGAAGAUCCUGCAGACCUCGAUGUUCUAACGCCAGCACAUUUUUUAACUGGAGGUCCGCCAUCUAGUUUAAUCGAACCUGAUGUUACAAAGCUAAACUUCAAUCGUCUGGACAGUUGGCAACGUGUGUCCUUUCUGCAGCAGUCUUUCUGGUCCCGAUGGAAAGAGGAAUACUUAAGCCUCCUUCAGCAACGCUCCAAAUGGCGUACCUCCGGCCCUGCUUUGGCAGUCAACGAUGUGGUGCUGGUCAAGGACGAGAACCUACCCCCGAUGAAGUGGCCGCUCGCGAGAAUCAUGGAACUGGUAUCUGGUAGGGACGGAGUGGCUCGAGUGGCGGUGAUCAGAACUUCAUCUGGAACCACCAAGCGCGCAGUAUCUAAGCUGUGCCUUUUGCCCCUUAAGGACGAAGUUGGAAGCCAGGCCCAACUGGGGGGAGAAUGUCGGGACAAGCAGCAGCCGCCACCUAAUUUAUAG